AUGGCUCCCUUAACCGAAGUCGGGGCUUUCUUGGGCGGCCUGGAGGGCUUGGGCCAGCAGGUGGGGUCACACUUCCUGCUGCCUCCUGCAGGGGAGCGGCCGCCUCUGCUAGGCGAGCGGCGGGGCGCGCUGGAGAGGGGCGCCCGAGGCGGCGGGCCGGGUUCCGUGGAGCUGGCGCACCUGCAUGGCAUCCUGCGCCGGCGGCAGCUUUACUGCCGCACCGGCUUCCACCUGCAGAUCCUGCCCGACGGCAGCGUGCAGGGCACCCGGCAGGAUCACAGUCUCUUCGGUAUCCUGGAGUUCAUCAGUGUGGCGGUGGGACUGGUCAGUAUCAGAGGUGUGGACAGCGGUCUUUACCUUGGAAUGAAUGACAAAGGAGAACUCUAUGGAUCAGAGAAAUUGACUUCUGAAUGUAUCUUCAGGGAACAGUUUGAAGAGAACUGGUAUAAUACGUAUUCAUCCAACAUCUAUAAACAUGGAGACACCGGCCGCCGGUAUUUUGUAGCACUUAACAAAGAUGGAACUCCAAGAGAUGGUGCCAGGUCCAAAAGACAUCAGAAAUUUACUCAUUUCUUACCAAGACCAGUGGACCCAGAACGAGUUCCAGAAUUAUACAAAGACCUGCUGAUGUACACUUGA